AUGUGGACCGGUUGGACCAACCGGCCAGUUGGUCCUGUGGACUGGUUGGACCAACCGGCCAGUUGGUCAUGUGGACCGGUUGGACCAACCGGCCAGUUGGUCCUGUGGACCGGUUGGACCAACCGGCCUGUUGGUCAUGUGGACCGGUUGGUCCAACCGGCCAGUUGGUCCUGUGGACCGGUUGGUCCAACCGGCCAGUUGGUCCUGUGGACCGGUUGGUCCAACCGGCCAGUUGGUCCUGUGGACCGGUUGGACCAACCGGCCAGUUGGUCCUGUGGACCGGUUGGACCAACCGGCCUGUUGGUCCUGUGGACCGGUUGGACCAACCGGCCUGUUGGUCCUGUGGACCGGUUUGACCAACCGGCCUGUUGGUCAUGUGGACCGGUUGGUCCAACCGGCCAGUUGGUCCUGUGGACUGGUUGGUCCAACCGGCCAGUUGGUCCUGUGGACCGGUUGGACCAACCGGCCAGUUGGUCCUGUGGACCGGUUGGUCCAACCGGCCUGUUGGUCCUGUGGACCGGUUGGACCAACCGGCCUGUUGGUCCUGUGGACCGGUUUGACCAACCGGCCAGUUGGUCCUGUGGACCGGUUGGACCAACCGGCCAGUUGGUCCUGUGGAGCGGUUGGUCCAACCGGCCUGUUGGUCCUGUGGACCGGUUGGACCAACCGGCCAGUUGGUCCUGUGGACCGGUUGGACCAACCGGCCUGUUGGUCAUGUGGACCGGUUGGACCAACCGGCCAGUUGGUCCUGUGGACCGGUUGGACCAACCGGCCAGUUGGUCCUGUGGACCGGUUGGACCAACCGGCCUGUUGGUCCUGUGGACCGGUUGGACCAACCGGCCUGUUGGUCCUGUGGACCGGUUUGACCAACCGGCCUGUUGGUCCUGUGGACCGGUUGGACCAACCGGCCAGUUGGUCCUGUGGACCGGUUGGACCAACCGGCCUGUUGGUCAUGUGGACCGGUUUGACCAACCGGCCAGUUGGUCAUGUGGACCGGUUGGACCAACCGGCCUGUUGGUCCUGUGGACCGGUUGGACCAACCGGCCUGUUGGUCCUGUGGACCGGUUGGACCAACCGGCCUGUUGGUCCUGUGGACCGGUUGGACCAACCGGCCAGUUGGUCCUGUGGACCGUUGGUCCUGUGGACCGGUUGGACCAACCGGCCAGUUGGUCAUGUGGACCGGUUGGACCAACCGGCCAGUUGGUCCUGUGGACCGGUUGGACCAACCGGCCUGUUGGUCAUGUGGACCGGUUGGUCCAACCGGUCAGUUGGUCCUGUGGACCGGUUGGUCCAACCGGCCAGUUGGUCCUGUGGACCGGUUGGUCCAACCGGCCAGUUGGUCCUGUGGACCGGUUGGACCAACCGGCCAGUUGGUCCUGUGGACCGGUUGGACCAACCGGCCUGUUGGUCCUGUGGACCGGUUGGUCCAACCGGCCUGUUGGUCCUGUGGACCGGUUUGACCAACCGGCCUGUUGGUCAUGUGGACCGGUUGGUCCAACCGGCCAGUUGGUCCUGUGGACCGGUUGGUCCAACCGGCCAGUUGGUCCUGUGGACCGGUUGGACCAACCGGCCAGUUGGUCCUGUGGACCGGUUGGUCCAACCGGCCUGUUGGUCCUGUGGACCGGUUGGACCAACCGGCCUGUUGGUCCUGUGGACCGGUUUGACCAACCGGCCAGUUGGUCCUGUGGACCGGUUGGACCAACCGGCCAGUUGGUCCUGUGGACCGGUUGGUCCAACCGGCCUGUUGGUCCUGUGGACCGGUUGGACCAACCGGCCAGUUGGUCCUGUGGACCGGUUGGACCAACCGGCCAGUUGGUCAUGUGGACCGGUUGGACCAACCGGCCAGUUGGUCCUGUGGACCGGUUGGACCAACCGGCCAGUUGGUCCUGUGGACCGGUUGGACCAACCGGCCUGUUGGUCCUGUGGACCGGUUGGACCAACCGGCCUGUUGGUCCUGUGGACCGGUUUGACCAACCGGCCUGUUGGUCCUGUGGACCGGUUGGACCAACCGGCCAGUUGGUCCUGUGGACCGGUUGGACCAACCGGCCUGUUGGUCCUGUGGACCGGUUUGACCAACCGGCCAGUUGGUCAUGUGGACCGGUUGGACCAACCGGCCUGUUGGUCCUGUGGACCGGUUGGACCAACCGGUCUGUUGGUCCUGUGGACCGGUUGGACCAACCGGCCUGUUGGUCCUGUGGACCGGUUGGACCAACCGGCCAGUUGGUCCUGUGGACCGGUUGGACCAACCGGCCUGUUGGUCCUGUGGACCGGUUUGACCAACCGGCCAGUUGGUCCUGUGGACCGGUUGGACCAACCGGCCAGUUGGUCCUGUGGACCGGUUGGUCCAACUGGCCUGUUGGUCCUGUGGACCGGUUGGACCAACCGGCCAGUUGGUCCUGUGGACCGGUUGGUCCAACCGGCCUGUUGGUCCUGUGGACCGGUUUGACCAACCGGCCAGUUGGUCCUGUGGACCGGUUGGACCAACCGGCCAGUUGGUCCUGUGGACCGGUUGGUCCAACCGGCCAGUUGGUCCUGUGGACCGGUUGGACCAACCGGCCAGUUGGUCAUGUGGACCGGUUGGACCAACCGGCCAGUUGGUCCUGUGGACCGGUUGGACCAACCGGCCUGUUGGUCAUGUGGACCGGUUGGUCCAACCGGCCAGUUGGUCAUGUGGACCGGUUGGACCAACCGGCCAGUUGGUCCUGUGGACCGGUUGGUCCAACCGGCCAGUUGGUCCUGUGGACCGGUUGGACCAACCGGCCAGUUGGUCCUGUGGACCGGUUGGUCCAACCGGCCUGUUGGUCCUGUGGACCGGUUGGACCAACCGGCCUGUUGGUCCUGUGGACCGGUUGGACCAACCGGCUAGUUGGUCCUGUGGACCGGUUGGUCCAACCGGCCAGUUGGUCCUGUGGACCGGUUGGACCAACCGGCCAGUUGGUCAUGUGGACCGGUUGGACCAACCGGCCAGUUGGUCCUGUGGACCGGUUGGACCAACCGGCCAGUUGGUCCUGUGGACCGGUUGGUCCAACCGGCCAGUUGGUCCUGUGGACCGGUUGGACCAACCGACCUGUUGGUCAUGUGGACCGGUUGGUCCAACCGGCCAGUUGGUCCUGUGGACCGGUUGGUCCAACCGGCCAGUUGGUCCUGUGGACCGGUUGGUCCAACCGGCCAGUUGGUCCUGUGGACCGGUUGGACCAACCGGCCAGUUGGUCAUGUGGACCGGUUGGACCAACCGGCCAGUUGGUCCUGUGGACCGGUUGGACCAACCGGCCAGUUGGUCAUGUGGACCGGUUGGACCAACCGGCCAGUUGGUCCUGUGGACCGGUUGGACCAACCGGCCUGUUGGUCAUGUGGACCGGUUGGUCCAACCGGCCAGUUGGUCCUGUGGACCGGUUGGUCCAACCGGCCAGUUGGUCCUGUGGACCGGUUGGACCAACCGGCCAGUUGGACCUGUGGACCGGUUGGUCCAACCGGCCUGUUGGUCCUGUGGACCGGUUGGACCAACCGGCCUGUUGGUCCUGUGGACCGUUGGUCCUGUGGACCGGUUGGACCAACCGGCCUGUUGGUCCUGUGGACCGGUUGGACCAACCGGCCUGUUGGUCCUGUGGACCGGUUGGACCAACCGGCCAGUUGGUCCUGUGGACCGGUUUGACCAACCGGCCAGUUGGUCAUGUGGACCGGUUGGACCAACCGGCCAGUUGGUCCUGUGGACCGGUUGGACCAACCGGCCAGUUGGUCAUGUGGACCGGUUGGACCAACCGGCUAGUUGGUCCUGUGGACCGGUUGGACCAACCGGCCUGUUGGUCAUGUGGACCGGUUGGUCCAACCGGCCAGUUGGUCCUGUGGACCGGUUGGUCCAACCGGCCAGUUGGUCCUGUGGACCGGUUGGACCAACCGGCCAGUUGGUCCUGUGGACCGGUUGGUCCAACCGGCCAGUUGGUCCUGUGGACCGGUUGGACCAACCGGCCUGUUGGUCCUGUGGACCGGUUUGACCAACCGGCCAGUUGGUCCUGUGGACCGGUUGGACCAACCGGCCAGUUGGUCCUGUGGACCGGUUGGUCCAACCGGCCUGUUGGUCCUGUGGACCGGUUGGACCAACCGGCCAGUUGGUCCUGUGGACCGGUUGGACCAACCGGCCAGUUGGUCAUGCGGACCGGUUGGACCAACCGGCCAAUUGGUCAUGUGGACCGGUUGGACCAACCGGCCUGUUGGUCCUGUGGACCGGUUGGUCCAACCGGCCAGUUGGUCCUGUGGACCGGUUGGACCAACCGGCCAGUUGGUCAUGUGGACCGGUUGGACCAACCGGCCUGUUGGUCCUGUGGACCGGUUGGACCAACCGGCCAGUUGGUCCUGUGGACUGGUUGGUCCAACCGGCCUGUUGGUCCUGUGGACCGGUUUGACCAACCGGCCAGUUGGUCCUGUGGACCGGUUGGACCAACCGGCCAGUUGGUGCUGUGGACCGGUUGGUCCAACCGGCCUGUUGGUCCUGUGGACCGGUUGGACCAACCGGCCAGUUGGUCCUGUGGACCGGUUCGACCAACCGGCCAGUUGGUCAUGUGGACCGGUUGGACCAACCGGCCAGUUGGUCAUGUGGACCGGUUGGACCAACCGGCCUGUUGGUCCUGUGGACCGGUUGGUCCAACCGGCCAGUUGGUCCUGUGGACCGGUUUGACCAACCGGCCAGUUGGUCAUGUGGACCGGUUGGACCAACCGGCCAGUUGGUCCUGUGGACCGGUUGGACCAACCGGCCAGUUGGUCCUGUGGACCGGUUGGACCAACCGGCCAGUUGGUCCUGUGGACCGGUUGGUCCAACCGGCCAGUUGGUCCUGUGGACCGGUUGGACCAACCGGCCAGUUGGUCCUGUGGACCGGUUUGACCAACCGGCCAGUUGGUCAUGUGGACCGGUUGGACCAACCGGCCUGUUGGUCCUGUGGACCGGUUGGACCAACCGGCCUGUUGGUCCUGUGGACCGGUUGGACCAACCGGCCUGUUGGUCCUGUGGACCGGUUGGACCAACCGGCCAGUUGGUCAUGUGGACCGGUUGGACCAACCGGCCAGUUGGUCAUGUGGACCGGUUGGACCAACCGGCCUGUUGGUCCUGUGGACCGGUUGGUCCAACCGGCCAGUUGGUCCUGUGGACCGGUUGGACCAACCGGCCAGUUGGUCAUGUGGACCGGUUGGACCAACCGGCCUGUUGGUCCUGUGGACCGGUUGGACCAACCGGCCAGUUGGUCCUGUGGACCGGUUGGUCCAACCGGCCUGUUGGUCCUGUGGACCGGUUUGACCAACCGGCCAGUUGGUCCUGUGGACCGGUUGGACCAACCGGCCAGUUGGUCCUGUGGACCGGUUGGUCCAACCGGCCUGUUGGUCCUGUGGACCGGUUGGACCAACCGGCCAGUUGGUCCUGUGGACCGGUUGGACCAACCGGCCUGUUGGUCCUGUGGACCGGUUGGACCAACCGGCCUGUUGGUCCUGUGGACCGGUUGGACCAACCGGCCAGUUGGUCCUGUGGACCGGUUUGACCAACCGGCCAGUUGGUCAUGUGGACCGGUUGGACCAACCGGCCAGUUGGUCCUGUGGACCGGUUGGACCAACCGGCCAGUUGGUCAUGUGGACCGGUUGGACCAACCGGCCAGUUGGUCCUGUGGACCGGUUGGACCAACCGGCCUGUUGGUCAUGUGGACCGGUUGGUCCAACCGGCCAGUUGGUCCUGUGGACCGGUUGGUCCAACCGGCCAGUUGGUCCUGUGGACCGGUUGGACCAACCGGCCAGUUGGUCCUGUGGACCAGUUGGUCCUGUGGACCGGUUGGUCCAACCGGCCUGUUGGUCCUGUGGACCGGUUGGACCAACCGGCCUGUUGGUCCUGUGGACCGGUUUGACCAACCGGCCAGUUGGUCCUGUGGACCGGUUGGACCAACCGGCGAGUUGGUCCUGUGGACCGGUUGGUCCAACCGGCCUGUUGGUCCUGUGGACCGGUUGGACCAACCAGCCAGUUGGUCCUGUGGACCGGUUGGACCAACCGGCCAGUUGGUCAUGCGGACCGGUUGGACCAACCGGCCAAUUGGUCAUGUGGACCGGUUGGACCAACCGGCCUGUUGGUCCUGUGGACCGGUUGGUCCAACCGGCCAGUUGGUCCUGUGGACCGGUUGGACCAACCGGCCAGUUGGUCAUGUGGACCGGUUGGACCAACCGGCCUGUUGGUCCUGUGGACCGGUUGGACCAACCGGCCAGUUGGUCCUGUGGACCGGUUGGUCCAACCGGCCUGUUGGUCCUGUGGACCGGUUUGACCAACCGGCCAGUUGGUCCUGUGGACCGGUUGGACCAACCGGCCAGUUGGUCCUGUGGACCGGUUGGUCCAACCGGCCUGUUGGUCCUGUGGACCGGUUGGACCAACCGGCCAGUUGGUCCUGUGGACCGGUUGGACCAACCGGCCAGUUGGUCAUGUGGACCGGUUGGACCAACCGGCCAGUUGGUCAUGUGGACCGGUUGGACCAACCGGCCUGUUGGUCCUGUGGACCGGUUGGUCCAACCGGCCAGUUGGUCCUGUGGACCGGUUUGACCAACCGGCCAGUUGGUCAUGUGGACCGGUUGGACCAACCGGCCAGUUGGUCCUGUGGACCGGUUGGACCAACCGGCCAGUUGGUCCUGUGGACCGGUUGGACCAACCGGCCAGUUGGUCCUGUGGACCGGUUGGUCCAACCGGCCAGUUGGUCCUGUGGACCGGUUGGACCAACCGGCCAGUUGGUCCUGUGGACCGGUUUGACCAACCGGCCAGUUGGUCAUGUGGACCGGUUGGACCAACCGGCCUGUUGGUCCUGUGGACCGGUUGGACCAACCGGCCUGUUGGUCCUGUGGACCGGUUGGACCAACCGGCCUGUUGGUCCUGUGGACCGGUUGGACCAACCGGCCAGUUGGUCCUGUGGACCGGUUGGACCAACCGGCCUGUUGGUCCUGUGGACCGGUUGGACCAACCGGCCAGUUGGUCCUGUGGACCGGUUGGACCAACCGGCCUGUUGGUCCUGUGGACCGGUUGGUCCAACCGGCCAGUUGGUCCUGUGGACCGGUUGGACCAACCGGCCAGUUGGUCUUGUGGACCGGUUUGACCAACCGGCCAGUUGGUCAUGUUGA